GAUCUGUGCCGGCUUGUGGUGGCACGACUGUGAAUCGCUCUCUCGCUACGACCAUCGUAUAACAUCAUUUCGCCUUCCGUCUUCCAGUCAGUCACUUGCGAUCAUCGAACCAUCAUGUGGAUAUUCUUCCUCGUGUUCGCCUCCUCCGCUUUCCUCCAAACUGCACAAGGGCAAUGUUCGUCGAAUCUAUUCGAAUGCAUAUCCGAUGGGGUGUGCAUCCCCAAAUCCUGGAUCUGCGAUGGUGCCAGCGACUGCAAGGAUGGAUCAGAUGAAGACAGGAUUCUGUGCGAAGGCAGAGAUCGGACAUGUAAGGAUACAGAAUUCCAAUGUGGAAGUGGAGAGUGCAUUGUAUCAAGUUGGCGAUGUGAUGGGGAUGCUGACUGCAAUGACCUGAGUGAUGAAUCCAACUGUCCUAAGAGCACCUGCAGUUCCCUCACUGAAUUCACUUGUGGUGAUGGACACUGCAUUGACAUCAAGUGGCGAUGUGAUGGCUCUUUUGAUUGCACUGAUGACUCAGAUGAAAAAGUGAGUAUCUUUUUAGCAUUUCUUGGAAUCAAUGAUAUUCAGUGGAAGUCUAUUACAUGGGAGGGAAUAAAUAGCCCUUCCUUUACUGAGCACCAGACCACUAUUUUAUUUGAUUGCCCAAAGCAGAAUGUGACAACACUACCUUGCAAUGAGCAUGAAUGGACCUGUGCAGAUGGCCACAACUGCAUCCAUCAGUCAUGGAAAUGUGAUGGGGACACAGACUGCCCAGAUGGGUCUGACGAAGGAGUGAAUGAGUGUGGUCAGUCAACAUGCAGACCUGAUCAAUUCCAAUGCACUAGCCGGCAGUGCAUACCUUCACAUCUCACCUGCAAUGGUCUCAAGGAAUGUGACGAUGGAAGUGAUGAAGUGGGCUGUGAGACUACAAAAUCUCCAUGUCCACCAGGAGAGUUCAGUUGUGGGAACCUUCAGUGCAUCCCAGUGACCAAGGUGUGUGAUGGACUUCAUGAUUGUGAUAAUGGAGCUGAUGAGCCCUUGAGAGGAUGUACAUCCAAUGAAUGUGAGAUGGACAAUGGGGGCUGUUCACACAUCUGUAAUAAUACCCUGGUGGGGAGGGAAUGUUCCUGCCCUCCUGGGUACUCCCUCAUCAAUACUACUCACUGUGAAGAUGUUGAUGAAUGCAAAGUCCCAGGAAUUUGCUCUCAAGUGUGCAUGAAUCUCCCUGGCCGAUUCAAGUGUGAAUGCUUUGAAGGCUAUGGGAAAGACCACCAUGACCUUACCCGGUGCAAAGCCCUCAUUGGCAAUGCAUCCCUCCUCUUAGCCCAUCAGAGAGACAUCAGAAAAAUCAUGCUCCACAAUUUUGACAUGAUGCCCGUGGUGAAUGGAACGCGUAGUGCCAUUGGCUUAGACUAUGACUACCAUAAGGGAUUGGUCUUUUGGAGUGAUUCAUCUGAUAUGCGCAUCUACAAGGCAGAUCUUGAGACUGGUAGAAACAUAUCAGUGGUGAUCCGAGAGGACAUCAGCAAUUGUGAUGGGGUUGCUGUUGAUUGGAUCUAUUCCCAUAUAUACUGGUCUGAUGUACAGCAUAAUGCAAUUGAGGUGGCAGAUUUUGAGGGGCUGCACAGACGCAUUCUCAUUCAAGACCGGUUGGACAAGCCUAGAUCAAUUGCUCUCGAUCCUCUCAAUGGGUGGAUGUACUGGUCGGACUGGGGAGUGAAGCCCCAGAUUGAACGAGCAUGGAUGGAUGGCACCCACCGAACUCCUUUGGUCACAGCACGUAUAGCGUGGCCCAACGGCAUCACUAUUGACUUUGUUACACGCCGACUCUUUUGGAUUGACGGGAAGCUCAAUACUGUGUCAUCUGUGAACUUGGAUGGAUCUGAUCGACAGACUGUAGUACAGAGCAAUGACAUCAUGCAGCACCCAUUCUCCAUCACUGUCUUUGAAGAUCAUCUCUAUUGGAGCGAUUGGAAUCUCAAGACCAUCUUUAAAGCUAACAAAUUCAAUGGAUCUGAUGCUCACCCCAUUCGUCCCUACCAGACUGUAUGGAAGACGCUUGAGAACCCAUUUUCCCUGCAUGUCUACCAUCCAUAUAGACAGCCCUCAGGUGAAGACAACUGCAAAGAUAAAGGCUGUGAAUAUAUGUGUGUCCCAGUUCCAGAACCACAUGCCACCAUGUGUAUCUGUCCAAAUGGAAAGACACUUUCUCCUGAUGGACACACUUGUAUCAUUGCUGGGACACACAGCAUUGAGAGAGUGAACACCACCAAGGGGAUUCUAUUCCAAAACCGCCCUCCUAUUGUGCCAAGGGGAGGGGACGAGGAAGAAACACAAGAAGAUGACAAACCUGUUGAUUCUAAAGGCAUUGCUGACCCUUCCACUUCUUCACAUGUUGUGCCCAUGGUGAUUGGGAUUGUGGCUGGCUGUGCACUCAUUAGUGCUUUGGCUGCCUACCUCAUCCAUCAGAAGUUUGUGAAGCCAAAUGGGAGGCAGAUGAACUUUGACAAUCCUGUGUACAAGAAGACAAUCACUGAGGACCACUUAUCCAUCAGUCGCAAUGGGUUCCAUCAACCUCGACCCCACAGUAAUGGAAGGACAUACCCUGGAAUGCACAGAGAGGAUGGGUACCGUGCCAAAUAUUUGAGUGUCAUAUCAGCUGAAAAGGUCCCUUGUAAAGAAUGCACUCUGUCUUAA